ACAAGACAAAUUCCAGCUCAAUUCAUCGUCUCAAUCUCUUAGCUCUCUCACCCGAUUCUCGCUAGUCGCUGCCGCCGUUUCGGAUCUUCCCGUAUUACUCGCCUUUUUCUUUCUGGUCAUUUUCUCGGGCUAUGAAGGAUUCCAACGUUGACCUUUUCGAUCCUCGUACGAUUAUGGACUCAGAUUUAUCACCGUCCGGCGCGGCCGGAGGAUCAGUAUCCGACUCCGACUUCGCCUUUGCUUUCAACGACAGUAAUUUCUCCGAUCGACUUCUGAGGAUUGAGAUCAUAGCCGAUUUGCCGGAGAGUAAGGGCGACGGCGAGGGGUGUAACAGUAUUGCUGAUUGGGCACGGAAUCGGAAGCGACGGAGGGAGGAGAUAAAGAAGGAGAACGCUGUCGAUGUUCACCAUGAGGAGCAGAUUUUAAACUGUAACAUGCCGGAUAUAGAGGAUGGUGUGGCCUAUGAAAAUCAAGACGAGGAAGCUGUCGCUAUGCUUGAGGAAUCCCCUCCAGGUGUUGGAAUGAAUUUGAGCCAACAUGGUGAUGAAGCUGGCCCUAGCUCUGAUUCAUCCUGGGGAAUGGACUGUUCUACCGUUCUUAGAGUCAAGACUCUACACAUUAGCUCUCCAAUUUUAGCAGCUAAGAGUCCAUUUUUUUAUAAGCUGUUUUCAAAUGGGAUGCGAGAGUCAGAGCAGCGACAUGUUACUCUUCGAAUUCAUGCAUCUGAAGAAGCUGCCCUAAUGGACCUCCUGAAUUUUAUGUAUAGUAAUACUUUGUCAACAACCACACCUACUGCAUUGUUGGAUGUGCUGAUGGCUGCUGACAAAUUUGAGGUUGCUUCAUGCAUGAGAUACUGCAGCCGGAUGCUGCGGAACUUGUCUAUGACUUGUGAAUCUGCCUUACUGUAUUUGGAUCUUCCUUCUAGUGUUUUAAUGGCUGAAGCAGUUCAGCCACUGACGGAUGCUGCAAAGCAGUUUCUUGCUGGACGCUACAAGGAUGUAACCAAGUUUCAAGAAGAGGUCCUAAACUUGCCGCUGGCUGGAAUUGAGGCAGUGCUGUCCAGUGAUGAUCUCCAGGUUGCUUCUGAGGAUGCUGUUUAUGAUUUUGUACUGAAGUGGGCCCGGAUCCAUUACCCAAAACUAGAGGACCGACGAGAAAUCCUAGGUUCCCGCCUUGGCCGCCUUAUCCGUUUUCCAUACAUGACCUGCCGGAAGCUGAAGAAGGUUUUGACUUGCAAUGACUUUGAUACUGAACUUGCAUCGAAGGUCGUGCUGGAGGCUCUCUUUUUUAAGGCUGAGGCACCAUACAGGCAGCGUUCCCUUGCUGCAGAGGAGGCUAGUUCCUCCUAUCGUCGUUUUGUGGAGAGGGCUUACAAGUACCGUCCAGUCAAGGUGGUGGAGUUUGAACUGCCCCGUCAGCAGUGUGUUGUGUACCUGGACUUGAAGCGGGAGGAGUGUUUGAAUCUGUUUCCAGCUGGUCGAGUUUACUCGCAGGCUUUUCACCUGGGUGGGCAGGGAUUUUUCCUGUCAGCCCACUGCAACAUGGACCAACAAAGCUCAUUCCAUUGCUUUGGGCUGUUUCUGGGAAUGCAAGAAAAGGGAUCUGUCACAUUUGCUGUUGACUAUGAGUUUGCUGCAAGAUCAAAGCCAACUGAGGAGUAUGUGAGCAAGUACAAAGGGAACUACACAUUCACAGGAGGAAAGGCUGUUGGAUAUCGUAACCUGUUUGGUAUUGCUUGGACCGCUUUCAUGGCUGAUGACAGCCAUUAUUUCAUCAAUGGUAUCCUUCAUCUACGGGCUGAACUCACCAUCAGGCAAUGAGUUCUUUGCAAAGGCUGGUCUCACAAAUCUUAAAAAGUAAUUUUCAUGUUAACAGCUCCUCUUACUUUUUUAGAUGUCAGAAGGGCUUAAGUACAUUUUGGUUUUAGAGACUGGAUAGCUGAUAGUCGAUCUAAUGUUUCUAGCUUAACUAACCUAGGUUCCCUUCUGUAACUUUCUUCAGUUAGAAGACAAUAUCAAAAAUGUUUAAUCUUGUAUGUGGCAUAAUUAUGUAUAUGAAAUCCUCUAUAUCUAAUCUUUCA